ACAGAGUAGAGAUCCAGUAUGUCUUGUAAUUAAUUAAGAAUUAAGCAAAAUGAGAGGUCUUUGCAUAACAAUGGACGUUUGUUCUUCAGUUGUAAACUAACAAAAAAGAAGAGCUAAGACAUUAAUUCGUUCAUUCAUUUGCUACUGACCUCAUCAUCACGAAACUCUGCGGCUCCAAGAUGUUCGACGAGCUCGACCAGAUCGUCCUCCAGCUCUCAAGUCCGACUCUCGCAUCGUCCCAACGGAGUUUCUAUUCUGUAACGUGAUCAAUUACUUCGGCCGCGGAACGGAAGAUUACCAGCUCGUGCGCUCCACGUGUUCGACGAAAUGCCUCCCUACCGAUGCCAGACGCUUGUACUUACAAUAUACUGAUCAACGAGUACUCUCUGAGCGGGUGUCUCGAUGAGGCCUUGAAGCUGUUCGAUGAAAUGACCAAGAAGAAGGUGAAACCCACUGGUUUAAACUUCGGGACGCUGAUUCACGUGUUGUGUAAGGAUUCGAAGGUGAAGGAAGCGUUGAAGAUGAAGCAAGAUAUGUUGAAAGUGUCUGGCGUGUGUCCCACGGUUCAUAUCUAAUGCAUCGUUGAUCAAAGCGUUGUGUCGAGUUGGCGAACUGAGUUUGGCGUUUAAGCUAAAGGAUGAGGUUAAAGUAGACUCAGGUAUCUACUCUACGUUGAUUAGCUCGCUUAUAAAAUCUGGAAGGUCAAACGAGGUUUCAGGGAUCUUGGAAGAGGUGAGAGGAAAAGGAUGUGAACCGGAUACGGUUACUUACAAUCUCUACUGAUUAGUGGGUUCUGUGUUGAGAAUGAUUUCGGAUCAGCUUACGGAGUUUUUGGAUGAGAUGGUUGUAAAGGGUUUGAAACCAGAUGUUAUAAGCUACAACAAUAUGAUACUUGCUGGCUUGUUUAAUUAGGAUCCAAAACUGGAAAGAAGCUAUUUACUUGUUUGAAGAUAUGCCUCGGAGAGGUUGCGUCCCUGAUGUCUUAUCUUAUAGGAUUGUUUUUGAUGAACUUUGCAAAGGUUUACAGUUCGAAGAAGCAGCGGUUAUCUUGGAUGAAAUGGUUUUCAAAGGCUACAAGCCUAGGAGGGAUAGGCUAGAGAGGUUUCUGCAAAGGCUAUGUGAGCGUGGAAAGAUGGAGAUUCUCGGUUAAGUUAUGAGUAGCUUUAAUAAAGGGAAUGCUGUUGAUGCAGAUCGUUGGUCGGUUAUAGUGGCUAAGGUGUGCAAAGAACCUGUGCUAUCAGAUUCUAUUGAUUUGUUGUUAAACUAAUUGAAGGAAGAGGUUCCCUAAAGGUGUUGGAAGACAUCUGGAUUUCUUCAGUUGACACUAAUCCUUGUCCCAGUGAAGACUGGAUUUUUGAGAUAAAACAAGCUCUCAAGAUCAGCAUGAUGUUGGUGAUGCGAUGUAAGACCUAAACAGACCAGGAUGAGGCGUAGAGGUAGAGGCUUGUAAGGGUGUUUUCGACAUUUAAACUUAACGAGAACCCUACUUUAAUUUAACGUCGUUGUUUUCUUUUACUGGUUUUUGUCUGAGAGGUCCUUCUUCCUCGGCUACCUCUUCUCUGCUUGGAAUGAAUCUUGGAGGAAAGAUGGUGCAGAAGAAGGUGGCGGUUCUCUACCAUUACCCUUGCCACGACGGUGUCUUCGCCGCCUUGGCAGCACAUCUAUACUUCUCAGCAAACUCAAUCCCAUCUCUCUUCUUCCCAAACACAGUCUACUCUCCACUCACAGUCAGCCAGCUUCCUCUUCAAGACAUAAGCCAUCUCUAUCUUCUUGAUUUCACAGGACCGCCUGGCUUUGUCCAACAAGUCUCUCCCAAAGUCGACAGUGUAGUCAUCCUCGACCACCACAAAACCGCUAUUGAGAGCCUCGGCGAUGUCUCUUCCACUUGCAAAAACGUUACCAAAGUUUUGGAUAUGACAAGAAGCGGAGCGACCAUUGCGUUUGACUAUUUUGCUCACAAGCUGAAGGAAGAGUCUCGAGGAAACUUCAGAGAGUUGGAUGAGUUCAAGAGGAUGAGGCGUGUUUUCGAGUACAUCGAAGACGCGGAUAUCUGGAAGUGGAAACUACCAGAGAGCAAAGCGUUCAACAGCGGAAUCAUAGACUUAGGGAUCGAAUACGAUUUCAAUCAGAAUAAGUCACUGUUUCAGCAGCUGCUCUCGUUGGAUCAUGAGAGUGUGAUCAACAGAGGGAAAGAUAGUUUGUCUAGGAAACUUAAACGGAUCCAGCAGGCGCUUGAACAGUCCUAUGAGAUUGUUCUUGGAGGUGGUGAUGAUGAAGAGUUUGGUCGGUGUUUGGCAGUAAAUGGAGACGAGAUUGCAGAGCUUAGAAGCGAGCUAGGAAAUCAAUUGGCGGAGAAGAGUAAGGGUAUGAGACUCAGAGGUGUCGGAGCUGUUGUUUACAGAGUCCCUGAGCUUGGGGAUGAGACCAAACUGAAGAUAAGUUUGAGGAGUGUUGAAGAAGAAGACACAACAGUGGUUUCGCAGAGAUUCGGAGGUGGUGGUCAUAAAAACGCAAGCUCUUUCCUGUUAAGCUCAACAGAGUUCGAGCAAUGGAAAGUGAAAAGAAACUAAUCUUUAAUACAGUGUGUUGUGAGAUUUUCUUCUCAUUUUAGCUCUUUUAUGGGAUGGUUACUUGAACCGGUUUGGUUUACUGAAUCUGGUUUGGUAUUGUCUUAUUUACUCAAUCAAUGAAUAAGAUUCAGUUUACGUUA